CCACGUCUUCCAUGCCCGCAGUCCCUCUUCACGCAUGCGCGGGUGGCGGUGGCAGAGGCGGAGUUGGAACGGUACGCGCGCGGUUGGCGGAAUGGUCUUGAACCAGGUACGGGCCGUUUUCUUUGAUCUGGACAACACGCUCAUCGACACGGCCGGGGCGAGUAGAAAAGCCAUGUUGGAGGUGAUAAAGCUCUUACAAUCAAAAUACCAUUACAAAGAAGAGGCUAAAACCAUCUGUGACAAAGUGCAAGUUAAACUCAGCAAGGAAUGUUUUCAUCCUUCCAGUACUUGCAUUAAUGAUCUCAGGACUUUACAUUGGGAAGAAGCAAUCCAGGAAACGAAGGGUGGUGCAGCCAAUAGGAUAUUGGCUGAAGAAUGUUAUUUCCUGUGGAAAUCUACACGUUUACAGCAUAUGAUACUAGCAGAAGAUGUCAAAGCCAUGCUCACUGAACUUCGAAAGGAGGUCCACCUACUUUUACUAACAAAUGGAGACUGCCAGACCCAAAGGGAGAAGAUCGAGGCUUGUGCCUGCCAGUCCUAUUUUGAUGCUAUCGUUGUAGGUGGAGAGCAGAAAGAAGAGAAACCAUCACCUUCCAUAUUUUAUUACUGCUGUAGUCUCCUUGGAGUACAGCCUGGGGACUGUGUGAUUGUUGGUGACACACUAGAAACUGAUAUACAAGGAGGUCUUAAUGCAGGGCUAAAAGCAACAGUCUGGAUAAAUAAAAAUGGAAUAAUGCCACUGAAGUCAUCCCCCAUGCCACAUUAUAUAAUUUCUUCCGUGCUAGAGUUACCUGCUGUCUUACAAAGUAUAGACUGUACAGUCAAUAUGUCAGCUUAAAGCACAUAAAAGGACAUGAUUAUGUAUUUUAGGGUAAAAUUACAGGGUUUGAACUAAGAAAAGUUAAGGCAUUCCAUAUAUUAUGACCCAGUUCUAAGAAUAAUUUUACUUAUGAUUCAGUGACCAGCCAACCAUUGACUGGUAUUUAUAUCUGGAAAUCCAGAGUACAUUAAUUAAUACAAGUUAUUUUUAGUAGGAUAAUCCAGAAAACUUGAGGAAAUAUAUUAUUUGUUAAAUCUGUAACUUGAGGUUUUUAAAGAAUUAUUUUAUUAAUCUUUUAAUAUCUUGGAUCCAUGAAGAUACCAGGCAAGAUAGCUUAUACUGGAUUCACAAAUACAAGUUUUAUGUUCUGUCUUAAAAAUAGAUAUAUUUUAGGGGCGCCUGGAUGGCUCAGUCGGUUAAGUGUCUGAUUUCGGCCCAGGUCAUGAUCUCAUGGUUUGUGGGUUCAAGCCCCACGUCAGGUUAUUAGCUGACAGCUCAGAGCCUGGAGCCUGCUUCGGAUUCUGUCUCCCUCUCUCUCUGCCCCUCCCCGACUUGUGUUCUGUCUCUCUCUCAAAAAUAAACAUUAAUUAAAAAUAAAAAUUUUUUAAAAAGAUAUAUUUUAAAAAUAGAUAUUCCAGAAAAGAUAUAUUAGAGAUUUAUUAGAAUAAUCAGAUCUGGUUAAUAGUAAAUAGUACUAAGUCACAUGCCAAACUAAGGUAUUCCGUAGUGAAAUUACUUUGCAUAUUUUUUUUAAACAUAUGCCAUAUUUUUGCCUACUUUGAAUUACAUACAUUCUUUUAUGAAUCUAAUUUUUCUGCAUGACCUUUUUCUGGGGGUGGGGGGGGGUACAAUUUUCCUAUGGUGUAUACACAACGGAUUCCUCCAGUAAAAAAGCUGUUAAAAUCAGCAUGUGGUGCUCCUUCUCUGACAUUUUCACAUCUUUGCAGAGUGUACUUAUAGGUUCUUAUUGUCUUUACCUCUUACAGAAGUAUUUUUACAAUCUUUUCCCAGGUACACAGUGGGUUAAGGGGACUAGGCUGUCUUGCUGAGGAUAAGUACAAACCACAGGGUACCAAGUCAUUUUCCUUCUGUGGAUACUUCAGAGGGGGAUUGCCUUGGUGCAGCCUAACCACACAGCUCUCCCAUGAAUUCUUUACUGGCCUGAACAGUUUCACCCAUAUGAUGAAAUCUAAGAGAAAAUUAUGUUUUGCUAUAAGAUAUUUCCAAGGUGUCAUUUUAAUAUAACUUAAGGGGCUCUGGGUGUUAACCAUCUGCCUUAAGUCUCCAGUUUUUCAAAUUCUAGGAAAUAUAUCCUUGUUUCACAAUUUUUAUAUCGAAUUCAUUGUUCACUUUGGGCUUAUUAAUUAAGGAUUAAGGCAUCUUGCAACUAGAAAACUUUUUCUAGGCCAUUAAGCUAGACUGUCUCAUGACUUCAGUCAAACUUGGAGUAAAAUGGUUAAUUAAGGAAAAAAGAAAGAAUGACUUAGUUUGGUUUUUCGUAGGUUUUUGUUUUAACCUUUAUAUAAGAAGCUACUAACGUAAAAUAUUAGACUUUUAGGAUAUGUAUAACUAUACAUACAACUAUAGUUAUACAUAUCCUCAUUUAAAUAUCCUGUGAUUAUGAUACUUAGACUCUAGCUUAUGCCUAUCUGUAACUAUUUCUUUAGCCAAUCAUUUUCUGUCUACUGCCAAGAACAGGAUUCUCUGCCAUUGUGCAAAUGUCCUGUUGUGUUUACUUCUCACUCUUAAUUUUUAAAACUGUGAUUGUGCCCUUGACUAUCCCAUGGUGUUGUUGCUAUGAAGCUGAACAAUAGUGAACAGGGUAUGUUUGUGUAUAGUUCCAUGUGACCUUGAUUAUAUUUUAGCUAUUUAAAAAAUAUUAAAUUGGAAGAUCUUGACAAAAAUAACUAUAUGCAUGAUUUCUCUAAUAGAUUGAUGUGUGAUGCCGAGGGUUUGUCCUUUUAGCUAUCCCACAGGAUGGAUGUAGGCAGUGUCACAUUCAUUAUGCUAACUGGAGAAGAUUCAUUGCUUCUAGAUUAUAGUGACAGAACUCAGCAAGAUAGUUUCUAGGAUGUCAAGUGAGCAGUUCUUCAGCAAAAGUUAUGGAGGAGAGGGGGAAUUAAAAGAUUAUUUCCUUGUCCUCCCUGUGAUUUCUGUACAGUGCACUAAUGCAGUAUUGCAUUCCAUUUGCACCCUUCCUUAGGGAAAGACCUGGUCGUUUUCUGCCUUCUGAAUGGAAUAUUACAAAAGAUAUUAAGGAAUCUUGGAGUAGACCUGUGAUUUUAUUAACAAUGUUUCUAUUUUAGAAUAAUGUUCCUCUUGAUUAAAAAAAAUAAUGUAACAGGGGCACCUGGGUGGCUUAGUCAGUUAAGUGACUUCGUCUCAGGUCAUGAUCUUGUGGUCCCUAAGCUUAAGCCCUGCAUUGGGCUGUGUGCUGACAACUAGGAGCCUGGAGCCCACUUCAGGUUGUGUCUCCCUCCCCCUCUGCCCCUUCCCCACUCGCGCUCUCUCUUUCUCUCUCAAAAGUAAAUAAAAAUUUUUUUAAAAAUCCCUUAUUUAAAAAAAUGAUGUAACAAUAAUGUCCUGUCAUCUUUUUUUUUUCAGUUUCUUCAAAGUGGUAUGUUCUACAAAGCCCUAAAUUCUCAAUUGUCUAGAGUCUCUCCCAAGCACUAAAUUAUAUAGGAAGGCCAAGAGUAGACACAAAUGGACACUGCACCUGGAUACUAACAGAAAGAUGGAUGUUUUCUGAUUCCAUAUACACAUCUAACCCACUGGUGCACAAACAUUUUAGAUCUGGUAGGAGCCAAGACCCAGUGGCUGCUCAGUAAGUAUUGUAGGAAAGGAUUUUUAUAGUUACAGAGACAUUUGGUUUAGCACUUUCAAACUUCUUUGUAGCCUACAAAAGAAACGGUUUCCAUCACCAUCCAUUAAGUACAUUUAUAGUGAACUUAUUAAUAUAUAUUAAAUAGUUUUAUAUACUUAAAACUGAGGUAAGUUUUAUUAAACUACAUGCUACUAUACAUGGUCAGUUUUUUUCACUCCAUCUCUCCAUCUCUUUAACUUAGGGAAUAUAUUCAUAUUUGAACAAUUACUAUUUGGGAUACACAAGUCAAAAGAAUAAAACAGUGAAUGGCAAAGUCUCCUUUCUUUCCCAGAGGCUCACCACUCCUAUAGGCCACUGUUGUAAGCGACUUCCUGUGUAUCUGCAUGAGUGGGGGAUGGGCAGAGAGAGGGAGGGAGAAUCCCAAGCAGGCUCUGUACUGCCAGUGUGGAGCCUAACGUAGGGGCUCCAUCCCACAAACCACCAUGAGAUCAUGACCUGAGCUGAAAUCAAGAGUCGGAUACUUAACCAACUGAGCCACCCAGGAGUCCCUAGAAUUCCUUUCAGUUAAGCAAGAUUUUUAUUUCUGCUUUUCAGUUUUAGAAAAAAAUGCUCUUGCUAAGAUAUUAAUUGAAAAAGAGAGUCCUAAAGCUUCUGUUUACAUCAUUUGUGUUAGGAACAUACACUUUUCCUGGUCUCUGGCAUCCACUAUCAUUCUUGUUAAAAUCAUCAAUAAAAGUGAUGGUUCCAUUGACUUUCACUGUGCCUUCAUUCACUUUGAGGGGAAGGUCAGCACAGCUAUGGAGCGAGCCCUUGCCCCUGCUCCACUCUGACUAAUUUCCCUCCACUGCAUAUUGCCAUCCUUGUGAUUCCCUUUGUCUCUUAUGUUGGAUUUCCUGGUUUUGUCUUGUGUGUUCCCAUGUUUAAUUUGUGUGACAGGUAAAAUGCUUAAGAUUGUAAGUAUCUGAAAAUGCCUUUAUUAUCUUCUAUUAUUGAUAAGUUUAAUAGCAUGCAGUUGGAUAUCAUUUUCAUCCAGAAUUUCAAAGGCAUUGCUCUACUAUGGCUGCUAGAAGACAUAUUUAUGUGACCAGUUUUCUUUUCUCUUGAAGCUCUUAGAACUGUUGUUUUCCCCCAGUGAUCUGUGAUGAUAUAUCUUGGUGAUGGUCUGUUUUCACCCUAUGUGCUCAGCACUCUGAGCUCUUCUGAUCAAAAUCUUAAUGUUCUUCAGUCCUGGAGAACUAAUGUAAUUACUUCAUUGAAUGUUGCUUCUCCACUGUUUUCUUGCUUUCUUUUUCUGGAACUCUUACUGUUCAGAUGAUGGAUUUCCUCUACUGACCUGCUGUGUUUAACCUUUUCUCCUAUUUUUCCAUCUGUAAUUUUGUUCCACUUUUGGGGAGGUUUCUUCAACUUUAUCUUCCAGUCCUAUUGAUUUUUUCCCCUGUCACCAUAUUUUUUAAUUUCCAAGAGCUUUGCUUUGUUUUCUAGAUGUUUCUUUUUAAUAACUGUUUUUGUUUUGAGCGGAGUAUUAUCUCUCAGAAAAUUGUUAAGUCUUUGAAGAAUCCAUAGAAUCCACUGUUUCUUCCAAGUUGCUCUAAUCUGUUUCUUUGGAUCUAUUUGUCACAUUAAAGCCUUUCCUUAUAUUCCUGGAAGUCCUGGGUAUUCAUGAAUAAGAGAGAAGGGAUGCUCAGAGCCUGGAGCCUGCUUUGCUUUGCGUCUCCUCCUCCCUCUGCCCCUCCCCUGCUUGUGCUCUGUCUCUCAAAAAUAAACAUUAAAAGAAAUUAUCCUACUCCUAGAAAUAGGGCUAAAACUUAGCCAGAAUAAAACCAUACUUUUUAUUAAAAUUUUUUAACGUUUAUUUAUUUUGAGAGUGUGUGUGUGUGUGUGUGUGUGUGUGUGUUUGAGUGAGAGUAGGGGAGGGUCAGAGAGAGAGACACAGAAUCUGAAGCAGGCUCCAGGCUCUUAGCUGUCAGCCCAGAGCCAGAUGCAGGGGCUCCAACUCCCAGACCAUAAGAUCAUGACCUGAGCUGAAGUUGGACGCUUAAUUGACUGAGCCACCCAGGUGCCCCCAGAAUAAAACCAUGUUUUUAAUUAGUCUUCAAAUAUAUUACAUAUGUGACAAUAUAGUUAUUCCCACUGGAUUUCUUGGAAGAUUUUUUUUUUCUAGAUUGUCAGUCUGAUCUUUUAUGGAUAAGAUGAUAAAAUGGUUUAAAGAAAUUAUGUUCAUGAUUUUACUGAAAUGGGAACGAAGAGUGACUGCUUACUAGGUACAGAGUCUCCUUUUGGAAUGACAAAAGUAAUUCUGGAACUAGAUAGUGAUGGUUUGAUUGUGAAUGUACUAAAUACCCCCAAAUUGUACAAUGAUAAGUGAUCUAAAAGUUACAUUUUAUUAUGGUUUAUUGGUGUAUAUCACCUAUAUUCCACUUGCUGAGUUCCUAAUAAUGAGAAACAUAUGUUUAAUCUUUUCACAUAUCUCCAAAGCUUGAAAUCUGUGUUGAAGAUUUAAUAAGUAACAGUAAGAUACACUGAAAACUACACAUACAGUGCUUCACUGAGUGUCCACUGAUAAAUGGGACUGUUCUCCCCUGAAAACAGCUGUUACAUUUAACUCCUUGGAAUGAGCAAAUUUUGUGGGAAUUUGGUGGGUUGAGCCCUCUCUUAAAGAACAGUAAACAACAUGGAGGCAAUGUAAGCACAAUGGGUGCACCCCACACUGAGGCUGGCGAGAUGACUUAUUCAAGGCCCUGCCAUGUGAAAGCCUAGCCACACUCAGUCCCACUCUUUCUAGGGCUGCCAAAUCUAAUGCUUGCCCCCACAUACUAACUAAUGGCCCCCAGUAAAGUGCAGGACAUUGUGGCAGGUUAAAGACAAUGCAAGGAUGACAUUUGGAAUACCAACAGAUAUAAAAACUAAGAAACUUAAUAGGAGACACACGUGUAACCAGUGCCAGCAAUGACAUUGAGAUGUAAUAAAAAUUUUUUCUGUCA